AUGGAGUCUAGUCUCCAUGCUCGUCAGGAACCUUGGACUGGUGUGGCCGAUCCAGCGCAACAAAAAUGCCCUCCACGAUCACGGGAACACAGCCUGUCUCUCCGUGUCGUCUUCGCCACCACCAUCUCAGUUGUAGCAAUUUUAGUAUCCUUCUCCACAUGUAAGGCUCUUAGGAGCAGAGAACAUUUGGCAGGAGAGGCACAACGCCGGCUGGCUGAGGGCGAGCAGGGGCCUGAAAAAGAUGUGAAUUCCAUAGUAGAAGGUUGCUUAGACUUGGAGGCUGCUAUGGGGGUGCUGCAACAAGGAGCAGUUUCGAGUUCUAGAGGUGAACCGCCUCACCGGGCAACCCAGCUAGUCUCAAUGUUAUCAGAGGCCGAAGCGAAGGAAUCAGUGUCAGGGAGUCUUCCUGCUGAGAGUCAGCUGCACCCGGGCGAGAAGGAGGUAGAUGACCACAACUGUUCUGAGCCUGAAGUUGAUAAGCCUGUGCAUGCUCACAAUCCUCCAACGCUGGCAUCUGUCGAACGUGGGAAAUCCACUGUUGUGGCUUCUGCUCUGGAUCCCGAGCCUUGGAUAGGUGCUAUUCCAAGGAUUGACCCGCAUAGUAGUGAACAGGAAAUGGAUGAAUCAUCUUCGGCUACUGAUGACGAAUCAGAGACUGACGAGGAAUCAGAUAUACCUCCGCGGAAGCGACGGCGGGUUCGUGGCUUCAAGGAAAUCAUUUGGUCUGGUGACAUUCGAAGCCACCCGUAUGUUCGGCUGCCGGUGCUGGAGGAAGGAGUUGUUCCCAAAAACCUAGAAGUAUCCACGCUGUUUUACCAGCGGCCACUGAGGCUGUCACUUUAUGCUAACAUGCUCGCGAUUCGGAAUUUAUUCGCAAAGGAGACGCUGAACCAGAACGAAGCAGAUCAUCUCGUGACCGUCAUCGAGAAGGUGGUGCCAAUAGUGUGGUUGCAGGGCCAAAGAGGACCACGGGGGCGUUCUCCCAUUCACACAGUUGAGCACUUAGGCAAUUGUUUUAUAGCAUUUGAUGCCAUCUUGUCCGCUGCAGAAAUUUUGGGCAAUAGCAUGCAGCUUCAUCUGUGGUGGGAUGAUUUCACAGCCAGUUUUGAUACGACUUUCCGCCUGACUCCUCCAGGGCUAGGCUUGACCGAAUUAGCGGAGUUCCAUGCACAAUUUUCAAGACGGAUUAUCGUGGCUCUGAAUACCUACAAAACAGGAGAACGCCCCCCACUUGAGGAAGUGGUUGCGCUGAAAAGGCUGCUGUUCUGCUAUCCGCUUGGGCGUCAUCGUUUAAAGGAUCCUAGGUGGGAUCCCUGGAGACGAGAUGGAGAAUGUUCUUCCUAG